AUGUAUUCAUCCUUAAAUAUUUUCUCAACUGAAAUUUUACUUAUUAUUUUCGUGGAAACGGAUAUUUCAACUUUAUUAUCGCUUAGCAACACUUGUAAAAAUUUUAGAAGAAUAGCAGCUGUUUGCUUAGCCGAUAAAUUCAAGGAGCAAAAUGUUGGUUUGAAUUUAACAUUUGAACAAGAACAUAAAUGGCGUUCAAAUCUUACAAUGAAAUUUGACCAUGUAAAUGAAGAAAAUGGAAACUUCGUUUUUAAACCAAAGGAAGUUGAUACUCGAUUAAUAUAUUAUCAUUCCGCGAUAAUAAAAAAUCCAAAUAUAUGCAGAAUAUCUUUAAAUAACGUUAAAAUUGAUUCUACAAAUGAACUUCAACAUAAAAUAAAUGAACCAACAGAUGACACAAACUUAUUACAAAAAUCAGUCGGAUUUCCUAUAAAAAUUCGAAAUAGGAUUUGUCAAAAAAUUCAACAUGUUUAUCGUACAGGAAAUGGUUGCUCCCACUUAAAAGUUCCUUUCGGUUUCACUUAUUCAGUUGUUGUUCCUCCUAAUGGAACAAAAUCAAGAGCUGGAGAACGUUGGAUAACUCCUCUAUCGUUCGAAUGCCCUCCAAGUUUCUUUUAUCCAAAUGAGGCUACCGUCCAUAGAAUUUUCAUGUCUAUAAUAAAUUACAGGCCUAUCAUCACAAAGAAGCAAUUGACCGAAAAGAUUGUUAUUCCGAAUGCAAGCCAAAAACAACACGUAUCUUUUCAACAACAAGAUUCACCAAUCCAACAGCCAAUUUUACGGCAAGUUUCACAAAUAGAAAAUCAAGAAAGGAAGAAGUUUAUGAUAUCUACAAAAUGGACUCGUGGCCCAAGACGUUAA